UGACUGGUGAUUUGGUGUAACAGUUUUUAUCCCCAGUCAUGUCUGCCGAUAAAGAAAUUGAUCACCUGGUGCGCUCCCUUGGACUGACCCCUCACCCUGAGGGUGGCUUUUUCUCUGAGCAGUAUCGGACUGACAGACAAGUUACAUUUAUACAAGCUAACAAAUUUCAAGGACCCAGAGAUGGUGGCAGUUGUAUUUACUAUCUUUUAAAGUCUGACAAGUAUGUGUCUUUCCAUUUACCUUUGUUUGACGAGAUCUUUCUGUGGCAUGCAGGGGGACCAUCAAAAAUAUAUACAAUAGACAAUGAAGGAAAAUUAACACAGAAGAUUCUAGGAGAUACUUUGAAAAAUGGUGAUUAUCGAUACCAAGUAACAGUGCAACAUGACACUUGGUAUGCAGUGGAGCCAAUGGAAGGGACACAGUACACUCUCUUUGGAGCUGUUGUUAUUCCAGGAUGGGAUUUACAAGACUGGGCUCAAGGAAAGAGGGCAGAUAUGCUACAGAAAUUCCCACAACAUGGAGAGCUAAUCCAAAGAUUGUGUAAAGAGUAAACUGUGUUCAACCCCUGAGAAUCUGAUCAUGGCUGAUGAUAUAUAUG